AUGCUGCGUUAUAAUAACAUACGAAGUCUGCAUGUCUCUGCAAGAUUAUUAAGAGGUCAAAAUUUAACUGAAAAGAUCGUUCAACAACAUGCUGUUAAUCUAACAAAGGGGAAAACAGUACAUACAGGUGACUACGUCUCAAUUAAACCAUCCUUUUGUAUGUCGCAUGAUAAUUCAUGGCCCGUAGCUUUGAAAUUUAUGGGACUGGGUGCUACUAAAAUAUUUAAUCCACGUCAAAUUGUCAAUGCUCUGGAUCAUGACAUCCAAAAUAAAUCUGAAAAAAAUUUAACGAAAUAUCAUAAUAUUGAAAACUUCGCAAAGAAACAUGGUAUAGAUUUCUAUCCCGCUGGAAGAGGUAUCGGCCAUCAAAUUAUGGUCGAAGAAGGUUAUGCUUUCCCAUUAAAUUUAACUGUAGCGUCAGAUUCUCAUUCAAAUACUUAUGGUGGGGUUGGUUCCCUUGGAACACCAGUCGUGAGAACCGAUGCCGCUGCAAUUUGGGCCACGGGCCAAACUUGGUGGCAAAUCCCUCCUGUGGCUAAAGUAGAAUUGAAAGGUCAAUUACCUUCAAAUGUCGCCGGGAAAGAUAUUAUCGUGGCAUUAUGUGGUUUGUUUAAUCAGGAUCAAGUAUUGAAUCACGCUAUUGAAUUCACCGGAGAAGAAGCUAUUAAGAACUUGCCUGUGGAUUAUAGAUUGACAAUUGCUAAUAUGACUACUGAAUGGGGUGCUCUAUCAGGUUUAUUCCCUGUAGAUUCUACUUUGAUUGAUUUCUAUAAGAAACGUUUACAAAUCGUAGGCCCAAACCAUCCUCGUAUCAAUGACAAGACAAUUGCAGAAUUGGAAAGACGUGCAAAUGUCAUGAAACCAGAUUCGGAUGCUACCUAUGCCAAGACUUUGACCAUAGAUUUAUCAACUUUGACUCAUUACGUAUCGGGUCCAAACAGUGUGAAGAUCUCCAAUACUGUACACGACUUAGCUCAACAAGACAUUAAGAUUAACAAGGCUUAUUUGGUCUCUUGUACGAAUGCUCGUCUUUCAGACUUAAAGGCUGCCGCUAAAGUCGUUUGUCCAACUGGUGAUAUCAACAAGUUGAAUAAAGUCUCUCCUGACGUAGAAUUCUAUAUCGCUGCUGCCUCUUCAGAGAUCGAACAAAAUGCUAAGGAUGCAGGUAUUUGGAAAACUUUGUUAGCUGCAGGUUGUAGACCUUUACCAUCUGGUUGUGGUCCUUGUAUCGGUCUAGGUGCAGGACUAUUGGAAGCAGGUGAAGUAGGGAUCAGUGCCACUAACAGAAACUUUAAAGGUAGAAUGGGGUCAAAGGACGCCUUGGCUUACUUAGGUUCUCCAGCUGUGGUUGCUGCCUCGGCAAUCCUUGGUAGGAUCGGUGCUCCUGAAGAAGUCUUUGGACAAACAAUUCCAUUCUCCGCAUCAGGUGUUAAGACCACCUGCGAGAUCACUUCUGCUUCCUCUUCAGAAGAUGCAAAGACUACAACUUCAGGCUCUUCAUCUGCUGUAGAGAUCCUUGAUGGAUUCCCUAAUGAAAUUGCCGGUGAAUUGGUCCUUUGUGAUGCUGACAAUGUUAACACGGAUGGUAUCUACCCAGGUAAGUACACUUAUCAAGAUGAUGUUCCAAAGGAAAAAAUGGCAGAAGUAUGUAUGGAAAACUAUGACUCUGAAUUUGGUUCAAAGGCUCAAGCUGGUGAUAUUGUCAUCAGUGGGUUCAAUUUCGGUACUGGUUCAUCCAGAGAACAAGCUGCCACCUCGCUGUUGGCUAAAGGGAUCAACUUAGUCGUAGCAGGCUCCUUCAGUAAUACAUUCUCUAGAAACUCCAUUAAUAAUGCACUAUUAACUUUAGAGAUCCCAACUUUGAUCGAAAAAUUACGUGCUAAGUAUGCCGAUGCUCCAAAGGAAUUGACUAAGAGAACAGGCUGGUUCCUAAGAUGGGAUGUUCCUAACGCAAAGGUCAUUGUAACUGAAGGCUCUUUGGAAGGCCCUGUGAUCUUGGAACAACAAGUUAGUGAACUGGGUAAGAACUUACAAGAAAUUAUUGUCAAGGGUGGCCUAGAAGGCUGGGUUAAGUCUAAGUUGUAG